AUGGCCGAAGUAUCGAUGAGACGGCUGGUCGGUGGCAGCGUCUGCUCUCGAUGCAUAGCCCGCACCGUCCGACCACAGCCUUUGCCUGCCAACAACCUCUACAGAUCAUCAUUCCACACCAAGCGGAAGCUUCAUGAUAGUCUGGCUACUCGCCGGAACGCAGUAAUUACUCAGAAUGGCUUUGUGCAGGACUAUUUCUCCGCGAAUCCCUCGAUGAAUAAAGAGUGGCUACGAGAGGGGUUGCGCUCGUUCGUCAAGCAAGCCUCUGAGUCGCCCAACACCACAUCCUCCAUCACAGCAGCAGGGCGAGAAGCGUCCAUUCACAGCUCUGCACUGCCUGCCGAGUCUCGCCAUUCGUCGGCAGCUGCCACAAGCACAAGUCUGCCGCCCACCGAGAGCCUUGAUAAUCCUCCUCUCUCGACAGAGGAAGGACAACAGCAAGAGCUGCUCCCACAUAGGCGAAGGAAGCGGCGGAAAGAAGAGGACGCUCAGGACACGUCCGAGUCACUACCACUUGACGCCUCCUCCCAGCUGACAACAGCGGCCACCACGCUGCCCACGUCCGCCACCCUACGACGCCGCUUCGCGACCUACCUGGCCCUCACCAAACCACGACUCUCCUUCCUCAUCCUCCUCACUACAACCUCCGCUUACAGUCUUUACCCUCUACCCGAGAUCAUAUCCUCCUCCACCGCAGCCCUGCAGACCACGCUCUCGACCUCCACGCUCACCCUCCUCUUCCUCACCAGCGGCACCUUUCUCUCCUGCGCCGCCGCCAAUACCCUCAACAUGCUUUUCGAGCCCAAAUACGAUGCCCUCAUGACCCGCACUCGCAACCGACCCCUCGUGCGCCAACUCAUCAGCCACGCUCCGCCGCCCUCUUCGCCACCGCCUGCGCCGCCUCCGGCCUCACUCUCCUCGCUCAACAUCUUUCUGUACGCAGGAGUCUACACUCCCAUGAAACGCCUCUCACCAGCGAACACCUGGGUCGGAGCCAUUGUCGGCGGCAUCCCGCCCCUGAUGGGUUGGUGCGCUGCUGCAGGCCAAGCCGCUACUACGGAACACCACUCUGCUACGGACCUCCUGCUUUCCGAGUCCGCGACAGGCGGCUGGCUUCUCGCCGCACUACUAUUCGCAUGGCAAUUCCCACACUUCAUGUCCCUCUCCCACACCAUUCGGGAGGACUAUCGCGCUGCAGGCCACAAGAUGCUCGCCUGGACGAAUCCCGCACGCAACGCACGCGUCGCGUUGCGGUAUAGCCUGGCCAUGUUCCCGAUCUGCGCAGGGAUGUACGCUAUCGGGCUGGUGAACCAAGGAUUCUUGGUGAUCAGCACGGCGUGUAAUCUGUGGAUGACAAAGGAGGCAGUGGCGUUUUGGCGGAAGCAGGGCGGCGGAGGGAGUGCGAGGGGACUGUUCUGGGCGAGUGUGUGGCAGUUGCCUUUGGUGUUGGUGGGGGCGCUGGUUUGUAAGAAGGGGAUCUGGGAUGGUGUGUUUGGCGAGGGUGAACAGAAGAGCGUGUACGAGCCGCAGCCGGCUGGUGACGUGGAGGUCGUUGCGGAGACGGCGGAGGAAAAGGUGGUAGUGCUGGCAGGUGAGACGUUGGGAUUGGAGGAGAGGAAUCGGCGGUGGAACAUGUCUAUGCUGGGUUUCAAGCGGCCGAGUUGA